AUGGCAGACGACGCUACUGCCGCAGCCACUGCCGCUGCCGCAGCUGGGGCCAGCCUCAAACCCGUUAAGCCCGACACCGACCUCUUUAAUGAGCAGCUCGGCAAGGCUGAGAAGGAAUAUCAGGAUGUCAUGGCCAGAUAUAAUGCCGUUAAAGCCAAGAUUGAGCUUGCCACACCGAGCAAGAACAAGGAUGCUCCUUCCGCGACGCAGAAGCGCCGCCAGGAACUGAUCGCCCAGGUCAACGAGAUUCGUGCCAAGCAGGCCACUGGCAAGAACAGCCGCAAUGCCAUCCUCGAGAAGAUUAAGCGGUUCAACGAGCAGCUGUCGAGCCGCCUCACCGAGAACAAGGUCGCCCGCGGCAAGGUGGGCUUUAAGAAUACCGACGAAAUUGACCAGGAAAUUGCCUCGUUGCAAAAGAAGGUCGACGGUGGAAUGAUGAAGCUUGUCGACGAGAAGAAGGCCCUCUCCGAGAUCUCAAACUUGUACAAACAGAAGAAGAACUUUACCCAGUUCGACCAGGCAGAGAAGGAAAUCGCCGACCUCAAGGCCAAGAUCAAGGCGACCAAGGAUGAGCUUGACGACCCCGAGGCCAAGAAGAAUAGCGAGGAGUAUAACAAGCUCCAGGCGGAGCUCGACGCCAUCAAGGCAGAUCAGGACGAGGCAUAUAAGGGCCUGUCUAGCCUUCGGGACGAACGCACCAAGCUGCAAGCCGAGCAGAACGAGAAGUUCCAGGCCAUCAGGAAGCUCAAGGACGAGUACUACGGGCAAAAGAAGGCCCAUACCGCGUGGGAGCGCGAGCAGCGCGAGCGUGUCCGAGAGAGACACCAGGCCGAGCGCGACCGCAUCGCCAAGGAGCGCAAGAUGGACCGCGCUCAGAAGCUGCUUGCCGAAGCCAGCGACCCCGCCUACCUGGAGGAGAUUCGCCGCGCCCGCAGCCUGCUUCACUUCUUUGACCCGUCGCUCCAGCCGGCCGAAAAGGCCCCGCUCGUUGCUGACAGGGGCCUGACUGCCCCGGUCCAGCGCAAGGUAGAUGAUUCUGGCAUCAAGGGCAUCGUUCUUAAGCGGAAGGAGGACCGUGAGGACGAGUACCUGCCGGCAACCAAGGGAAAGAAGAAGGGCAAGAAGGCGACUCCUUCAGCGGCCAGUGCCAAGACCUACAGCUGCCCGCCAUCUGUCAUGGAGGACUGCGCCUUUAUGGGCAUUGACCCGCCAAUGAGCGCCGCCGACGUUCCGGUUGUUGUCGAGAAGGUCAAGGCGAAGCUUGACAGCUGGGUCACUGACCAGCCCGAGCAGACACGGAAGAACAUCGAGAAAGCCAAGAAGGAGAUUGAGCGAUUGGAGGCUGAGGAGGCGGGCGAGGCUCCCACGCCGACUAGCCCGAAGACUCCUAACGGUGCUAAUGGCAAGAAGAGCGAAGACAGCGAGGCUGUCGUGGCUGAGGUGACGGAAGGCGUGGAAAAGGUUGAAAUCGAGAAAGAGACGGCUGCUGAGCCGGUCGCCGCAUAA